AUGGAAAAACAUCCCCAGCCGUCAAAGACUGGAGAUGAAAAGGGCUUGGAAGAAAGUUUUAUGAGCGAAAUUGAAGGCAUGUUAACUGUGAUGUCGGAAGAAAUCAAAACAUAUCAAGACGGGGAUAUUUACUGUAUUGAAAUUCCUCAAAAAGAUCUUUUUGAUAAAUGGAUGUUAUCUCUGAAACUACGGUAUUGGUUAGAUCUUGGCGGUCGUGACAACUAUGAUGUAGCAUGGCUUCGAAAGAUCGAUGAUAACAGCACAUUAGAAGAAAUUUUAAUAAAUAUCAAGAAAUUUGAUACGUCAGAAGCGUCUGCAGGGUCAAUUCCAAGCGAGAAUCUAUUUUCAAUCAAAGCUAUUAUAUCUAAGAUGAAAUUACUUAUCGAAGGAAAGUUUAUCGACAUAUGGAAAAGAAACGAGUACCAGAAAUUGAUCUGUUUAGUAUCAAAGCUAUGUCUGUGCCCUGAUGUCAACCAAGAAACCGCCGGUGAACUUUACACGAACGAAUUUUAUUGUCAAAGCGUACCUGAUCAUAUCAUUAACCUUGAUAAUGUCUCGUUAGAUGUGUAUGCGGAUUCCGACUCGGAGGAUGACCCUAGGUGUCAAGAACCUGAAGAAAUUGUUAAUGAAACGCCAAAGAAAGUAAAACCCCCAGGAAAACAAGAAUCAAGUCGCGUAAAUUACUGGCGAGUAACUUGA